AGAAAGUUCGCCUCAAACCUUUCCAGCGUCUACGAUGACCGAAAGAGACUUGGACGUGCUUUGCGGUGUACUCAUGCAAAUGUCCAUGCAAAAACUGCUGUCCCUGAAGAAAGCGAAAAUCUCGUGGAUAAGAGACCUGACGGAAGCUACGCAGAUGGACGCCGUCCACUCCAUCCGACGUGCCCUGGAAGCUUUCCGUGACUUUGACUUCCGUACCGUCAACGUUUCCUGGCUUUACUGCUGCCUCGCGGAGCGGCAAGUACUGCGCGCGUGCGCUUCGUAUCGUGUCACCACGACCUUCAUUCCCGCCGCGCUACGGAUCGGCCGCUUCAAUCUGCAUGAGCAAUUGGCGCAGGCUUUGCAGUAUCCAGGCGGCCAUACCAUGUGCACUGCAAUCCGCAGUGGAGUUGUCGUCUACGCCUGCGUCAUGGCCACGUGUCCUACAGACACGUCAUUGGAGCACGACGUCAUCUGCAUGUGCGUUUCGUUGCCGUAUCUGUACGUCCACGCGAUGACGAGGUGCGAGUUGCGUGUCAUCGACGCUGUCCGCAGCGUGCUGCGGCCAAAUGACUGCCAUUUCGAGAAACUCGGUUUCCCAUUGGCUGGCGACCGCAAUUUUUGUGCUGACCUUGGUGCAGUGUUUAGGCGCAAAGUGCCCGGCCGCAAGACAGGACUCGGCUUGGAGACCUUUGACCGAAAGUACCAGACAGUAGCCGAAAAACCUGGCCAGCCUUCUCAAGAAAUACACAAGCCUUAUGCCGCAGCAAAUGUUGUGGAUCUUCCGACGCCGCCAGGUUCUGACAACUCCCCCACAGGCCAAGACAAUCCCCAUUUUCCCAAUGGAAACAAUGUCGGGGUGGGCCCGAUAGUAGCCAG